AUGGACUCCAACAUUUGGUCGAUUCCAUGGCCACGCGAACUUCCGGUAGUGGUUCGGUGCUUGCAAAAGUUACCGCGAGAAAUAGUUCAUCAAGUUUUGAGCGAUUUACCAGUCAUCAAGAUGCUAUCCAUUCUCUCUUGGAAGUUACCAUACCUCAAUGAAUGCGUUCUUUCUCAUAGAGUCUAUGGUCGAUUAUUCACUUCACAAAGCGAAAUUUCGCAUGCUUUGAACUAUUACCCACUCUACCGCGAGAUAUGCUGGUUUUAUCGCUGGCCUCCUGCAGAUGCAGACUCUGUGUUUGCGAAAUUAGGCCAGACACUCUUGAGUAACCUGAUAACCGUGAAUCACCUGGUCUUUCAAAUGAAACGCAUGAUCAAAGUUGGCUUGAACUUAAACAAUCAUGAUUUCGAUCUUCUCGUCAAGUAUGGAGGGCCUUGUCCACGCAUUACAGACAUCAGGUUUGAUGGCAAUGAAUCUUUGUCCAGUUUGAAAUAUUGCUGGGACUAUUGGAAUUGGAUCAAGCAUGCCAAGCUGAAGCUCAACAAACGGAAAUCCGACCAAAUAGAAUUCUCAGCAUAUUUGAUUGAGACAUAUCCACGAAUUCUGAAGAGACCACUUGAUCCAUCGCAGGGGGCUCCUCGACCCAACGCUACUCAUACUGUGGUUAUGCUUGAGAGAAAAGCGAUGAAAACUCUUAAGAACAGAAGUUUAUCCCAUUAUUGGGAUAGUAAUCAAGGCUUUCACAACCCGGGCAGAUAUGUGAUUGAACUAGUACCAUAUGAUCGAUACCUUCGGCUAUUACUUGACACAGUAGACAAGUAUCCACUAGAUGUCAAAGUCACUGGUCUUGAAGAAACUCUAGCCAAGGUCUCGUUACAUAAUGGCGGCCAGGAAACGAACCCAGAAGAUACCGAGUUGGCUAUUAUUUCUAAAAGAAAUUCUAUUGAUUUCAGAUACCCAGAAAACAUUGCUGCUAGUUUAAGGGUAGUAUUGAAAGGCUUGAUGUAUAUAUACACAGAGCCGCCAUUGACCAUACCUCGCAUUCAAUGGGAAUCACUUAGAGAUGAAAAUUCUUCAGAGAAGUGGCCAAGAUUCUUCGUUGACAAAGGAAGCUCCGAACACCGACACUUCCAAUAUCCAUGUGCAAACAAGAAAAUAAAACCUUACGACGAAAGAGAGUAUGAAUGGCUAGCAGCUUUUGUCGAAGUAGUCACGUGGAUAGAAUUGAAUAUUGGACCGGUAAAGGAAGAUUUCUAG